AUGUUUCAUAUCGACCCAGUCUACAGCAUGGGUAACCUGGUAAAAUUUCUACUUUAUGAACUAAAACGUCUCUCCCUCUACCUAUUCUUUCCAUUGUCUUCCUCUCCUCUCAUUUUCCUAUACCUCUCUCUUUCACGAUCUUUAUGCUUUUUCUUCAUUUUCUCUUCGUCUUUUUCCGAUUUUUCUUCAGUCUGCUUAUUUCCCUUCAUUUUCCUCUUUCCUCUUAAUAUUCUCUAUCUCCAUUCUUCAUUCCUCAUUACCCCCCCCUCUCUCUCUCUCUCUCUCUCUCUCUCUCCGAAUGUCUUAAAACCUUUUUCCCCCUCUAUAAUAUUUCAAGUCUUGAACCUGACACAUUUACUCCUACCCUCUUUACAGGUAUUUCAUUCAUUGUCUAUCUUUGUUAAACCUAACAUUUUAUUGUUCCUCUCUCUCUCUCUCUCUCUCUCUCUCUCUCUCUCUCUCUCUCUCUCUCUCUCUCUCUGGGAAGCGGUUCUCUUCCCCUGUAUGUUUUGUGUCACUUUCUGUGUCUAUUUAUCCCUUUCUUUCCCUUCUAGCAAUGAUCCCCUACCCUCUCACUGUUUCUCUAUGUAUUUUCUCUCUCUCUCUCUCUCUCUGUCAUACAAUAAUAUACUUCAGCUCCUUCCCUCUUUGUCUCUCUCUCUCUGA